AUGGCCACCCCUACCUCCACAUCUGUGCCGACCCGUCGGCCUCACCAGAAAUCAAGGCUGGGAUGUGCUACAUGCAAGAAGCGACGGAUAAAAUGCGAUCAAACCCGUCCAUCAUGUCGAAACUGCGUCAAGCGUGGGCUUGAAUGCUGUAUUCAACCUGUCAUUCCCAAUGAUCGCUCCCUAACAGAUGUGAGCAAAUAUCUCGCCCAAGAGGGUCUGUCUCGAGUUCUGGUGCUCUCUAAUCCGGCGUCUGGUCGCGACACACCAGCACCUUCUCCGUCGGCACCAUCACUGUUGAAUAUCAUUCUCCAUGACGGCCUCCUCCAGGAUGUCCCAGAAACUCUGCAGUCACGACUUCGUCACAGCUUGCACCACUUUUUUACUGCCACAAGUGCAACCCUUGCGGUUGACGGACCGAGUCAAGCCGCCUGGCCGGAGGCAAUGCUACGACUUGCAUCCGGAUAUCCUUUCAUCAUACACGGAGUCCUCGCCCUUGCCUCUCUGCAUCUGUCUCGUUGCAUGGUGGACGAAACAGAGAAGAAGACCCACUUCACUACUGCCACUGAACAGCUGAACAAAGGUCUAAUCCAGUACCGAAAGGAAAUUCAAAGUGUCAAGGAAACAAACGCCGAGGCGUUGUUUUGUUUCUCGACGAUUGCUUCCUCGUGGGUCCCAGCUACAGUAGACGAUGAAAUACAGGGUCUACUGUGCGCCUGGAAACAUUGCACGCACUCAGCUCAGCGUCAACAGGCUAUCUCCGCAAUGGCUUACGCCAUGACCAAAGUCCUACGAAUCUAUCGAGGAGUCCUUAUCAUUUUGACUCCCCACUGGUAUACUCUCAAUCAAGGCGUGUUCGGACCCUUUAUGAAAAAAGAGUGGGCCAAGGCCAUUCCAGCGUCCGCAGUAGGAACAGAGACAGAUGAUAAACUCCGUGCUCUGGAAUCCCUGUGGACAAAUACCUCAACCUAUCCGGACGCCUAUAGUGAGAUAUUGAGCUCAGCGCUGGAAAAGCUGCGCGAAUGCUUCGCCCUGGUUUCUCAACUCACCAUGCAGACGCGUCACGCGGACGGUACUUACAGCACGAGCUUGGCUGACUGGACAUCGGUUUUCGUCUGGAUGACACAGCUGCCUUUGGAAUUUUGCUCCCUGUUAGAACGUCAGGUCCCCGAGGCUUGGGUGAUUUAUGCUCACUAUGCCAUGCUCCCGGCCAAGGUCAAGGGCAUCUGGUGGCUGGAAGCCAUGCCCUCGAAUAUCGUCUCCACCGCCGCACUGGUUCUCGGUGAAGAGAAUAUGGACCUUCUCGACUGGCCGGCUCGCUGCGUUGGGGUUGAACUGGAGUCUUUCCGGAAGAGCCCACCUUGCAGCUAUGGACCAAGCACGACUCUCGCAGUGACCGAUUCAGUCUAG